CCUCUCUCCCUUCCUUUGUAGCCUGAUCUUCUGACCCUCAAGGGCUGGAUGUCCAGGCUUGACGAGAAUAGAGAGUGGAGAAAACAUUGGUUUGUCUUCGGUGAUUCGGUGCUAAGGUUCUUCAGAGACUCUGAAGCUGAGGAGUCAGAUGACCUGGAUGGAGAGAUAGACCUCACAACCUGUGUCAACGUACAAGAGUGGGAUGUGGAGAAGAACUAUGGGUUCCAGAUACAAACAAAGAGAGCCGUGUUCACGCUCUCGGCUAUGACCUCCAGGAUCAGGAAGAACUGGGUGAAGGUUCUGAGACAAGCUAUCCAGAGCUACCACUCGUCCAGCGUCACAGACCAAUUAGAAUGCAGCAGCGAGAAAGAGAACUCCCUCUCUCGGCAUUCGUUGUCAUGCCAACCAUCCUCUCAGCUCACCCGUGAGACUGGCCCAGAGAACACAGAGCAGCACGCAACGACCCGUCGACAAACUGACCAUCGCUCGGACUCCUUGGAUCAGGAUCCAGACGCCACGCCCUCUUAUUUGGGUGUCGUCAGUCAGAGGGAGGAAGGGGAGGGCUGGGACAGAGAGCAGGCCAGGCGAUUGGAGGAGAGGAACAAGUGGUUCGAAUCGGGAAUUUCUUUCAGCGAGAUGAGCAGCAGGUGGGACUCCAUGGAACUAAAAAAGGGGAGUGUCCCUGUACCGGUCACUCAGAUGGACCCGGAAGUCAUCAAGAAGUGGGCAGAGUUCGAGAGUCUGUCAUUCCGGGACCUGAGUGCGCAGUCUCUGAUUGGUGCACAGACCAGUCCGUCAACCACUGCCCAGGCUUUGCAGAGAGAGGCCCUCUCCCUGAGGGAGCAGGUGGAGGGCCUGAGGAGGGAGCGUGUGGCCAUGGGGACGGUGGUGGAGGUGGGAGUGGAGGAGGGGGUGGAGGUGACGGUGGACAGCCCGUGUGGGCCCGGGGCCCCCUGCGGGGCCAGGCUGAAGGCCACGGAGGAGGCGCACCGUCGGAGCCUCCGGGAGCUGCAGGAGAGACACGCCAGGGAGAUACGUGAGCUGGAGAGAGAGAGAGACCGGCUGCUGCAGGAGGAGAGUCAGGCCACCGCACAAGCUGUGGAGGCUCUAAAGAAGGCCCACCGGGAGGAGCUGGAGAGGGAGGUGGACAAGGCCAGGCGGUUAGGGGGUGGAGUCUCUAACCUCGAAUCGGGACAGCACUCCCGUAAGAAUUCCCUCCACAGCGAGCUUGAUGUCCUGUCAGAACGUUACUCCCAGAAGUGCCUGGAACUGAGCAGGACGGAGCAGAGCUGUGGAGACAGACAGACAGACCUGGGACGGAGAGAGAGAGAGAUGGAGCAGCUUCGCAGAGAGAACCAGGAGCUGAAGGUGCGGCUGGCUGAGGAGGUCAGUCGCAUGCGCUAUUUCAUCACGGGUCAAAGGUCAGGGUUCGUCUCCCCCGGCAACUGUGAACGCAGUCCCUCAGAACUGGAGAUGGAGUUGCGGGCCAAGGAUAACGAGAUCCAGUAUCUCCAGAAAGAAAUCAGCUGUCUACAGUCUGAGGUGCUGUCUCUGACAAAGGAAAAGGAGACUGCAUACGACCGCUAUAAAGAAGCGUAUGUGGAACUGAGCGGAAUGAAAGGUCGCAGCCAAUUGGAGAUGGGCUCCCUCAGGGAACACCUAAGACUGGCCAAUGCCGCACUGCAGGAGGGGGCUAGAGACAGCUGAUUUGCUGGGGGGGAACCUGCUGACACUUGGGUGAACCAUCCUUUUAAGAGGGCAACCAGGAAGUGAUCAAAGGUCAGUGGCAUUAGUUGACACUGACUAGGCCUGGUCGUGGUUUGAGUUACCAGGCCUAAGAUGCUUGAGUAACCAUGAUUGAAAUGAGAACCCAAUGCAGAAAUGUAACCCGAGGGAUGAAGACAAAGCACAGAAGAGCGAGCACUAACAGUACCUUGUGUUUCCACAGACUCGUUUAUUGAGUUUAAGACACAUGCAAACAAGAGUGAAGGCCUAGUCGUGAUUGACCUCACAAUAUUGAAAUAAAAUAUCUUUGAUAUGAGGUGAGGAUAAAGGAAGAUGAAAGAGGGAAGGCCAUGGAGUGGUGCAGCAAUCUUCUGCCACGGGAAAUCUCUCUCCUUCCUUGUAUUGGCAUGCCAUCAUGACUGCAUAGUGCACUGAAGGGAAAAAU